CUCCGAGCCCUGAUAAACUGAAAUAAACAGCUCCAGAGAGGGAAGGAGAGACAGCGAGAACAGGAGGGUCCAGUAUAACGAACCACAACAAACCGAGCCGAACCGAAGCUUUGGGGAAAAUGUUGAAAUCCUGCUGUAUUUACGGCACCGGGCUGCUCUCCAUCCUCGUUUUAAUCGCGGGCAUAGCCAUGGUGUUGGCUCACGUCUUCUUAAACGCCUUAAACAGCAGGAUAGAAACUGAGAUGGUGCUGGAAAAUGGAACAGAGGCUUUUGCUGUUUGGCAGGAUCCGCCUGCCCCUGUUUACAUGCAGUUUUACUUCUUCAAUUUGACAAACCCUGAGGAGAUGCUGAAAGGAGAAAGGCCUGCAGUGACUGAGGUCGGCCCGUACACAUACAGAGAGUACCGGCCUAUGGAGAGCGUGACGUUUACGGAUAAUGGCACUAAAGUAGCUGCUGUCAACCCCAAAACCUAUGUGUUUGAGCCUAAUAUGUCGCGAGGCUUAGAAGAUGACCUCAUCAGGACUGUCAACAUCCCUGCAAUGGUGGUCAUGGAGAGGUUUAAAGACCAUUCUUUUAUUAGCCGCAUAAUCUCGGACUUGAUGACAGCUGGAGGCAUGACUCUGUUUGUGACACGGCCGGUGGCGGAGCUGCUCUGGGGCUACGAGGACCCUUUGCUCAAGGAACUUCACUUGAUUGACCCCCUUCUGGAUGACUACUUUGGACUGUUCUACAAGAUGAAUGGGACGAACGAUGGCGAGUAUGUGUUUCUCACAGGGAAACAGAACUAUCAGGACUUUGCUCGAGUAGAUCUAUGGAAAGGCCAGAGCUCUCUGAAUUGGUGGAGCUCAGAUGAGUGUAACAUGAUCAAUGGAACCAACGGAGCAUCUUUUCACCCGGUCAUCACCAAGACGGAGAGACUCUACAUGUUCUCCUCUGAUCUCUGCAGGUCCCUGUAUGCCACGUUUGACUCUGAGGUCAGAGUGUCGGGCAUCCCUGCGUACCGCUUCGUACCUCCCAGCGAAGUGUUCGCAAACAUGACAGUGAAUCCUGAUAACGCUGGUUUCUGCGUGGGUGGGAACUGCCUCGGCUCCGGCCUGCUGAACGUCAGCGUCUGCAAGGAAGGUGCUCCCAUCAUCAUGUCAUCUCCACAUUUCUACCAGGCUGAUGAGAAUUAUGUCCAGGAUGUGUUUGGGAUGCGGCCCAAGAAGGAGGAUCACCAGACGGCUAUCGACAUAAACCCGCUCACUGGACUUGUUUUGAGGGCAGCAAAGCGUCUACAGGUCAACGUCUUUGUUGAGAAGCUUCCAGUGUUCAGCCAAACAGAAAACGUCAAGACUUUGGUCUUCCCAGUCAUGUACCUUAAUGAGAGCGUGCUCAUCGACCCGGAUUCCGCCAGGAAGCUAAGUGCUCUGUUGGCCAAGGCCAGUGUGGUGAUCAACAUACCCUUCAUCGUGAUCAGCCUCGGCAUCAUACUAGGUGUGGUCUUCAUGGCGCUGUUGUGCUGUCUGAGGACCCCAGAGAGCACUACUGCUGAACGCCAGCCCUUACUGACCUCCAAACUGAGCGGAGAGUAGUGUUUUCUGGAUGCAUCAGUGGGAGUGUUUAUGCAUUCUGUGGACUGACGGUAGCUUUCGCACUGAAUCAAUCAACUAACACUUGUUAAUGCUUGUCGACACAGUAUUUGACCGUUUCGUCCGUCAUCGUUUGCCAAGCAUCGCCACACGGAGUCGGAUUCAGGUUGAAGUAAGAAGUUGCCCUUUUUAUGUAAGAACUGUUUGAGUUUUUUGUUUUUAUUUUUAUUUUUUAUUUUUAUUUUUAUUUGACGUUUUAGUGCAAUAAUGAGCACCACAGCGUAUAGGAGCAUUGUAACUGGCUAACCUUGCACAUAGACCUGCAGUUUCUAAAUACAUAAAAUUAUUUUCCGCCACUACAGCUUUAAAUGGACAGACCUAGACCUCUUCCCAACACGCUGGGACAGUACACCAGUUUGUUGGGUCAAUAAGAGACACGGACAUCAGACAUCCGAAGACAGAGUGGUUAUAUUUUAUUGACACGUCAGGUGAAAUUGUUAUUUUGCAUCACAAAUGGGAUCAGGGCAAUAAAAUUGGCUUGUGCAACACACUUACCAUCAUAUCCUGCACCGUAGUUACACCACUCUGUCUGUUUGUUUUAGUCGCAGGUUCGACACACAAUGCUAAAUUUAGAAACCUGUCAACACACAGUGUCCACAAAAUCCUAAACUGAUUGUAAUGAUGGUCACACUGUCCACAGUAUCCUAAAUUUAGAAGCUGACCAUCACAGCGUCUGCAGAAUCCUCAAUGUCCGAACCGGCAUGCACAUUUGUGCUUCUGCAAGGACGACUGCAUAUGGUAUGAUUUCAUCAUUGAGCCAAGCAGAGUCUGAUUGGUUCACAUUGAACUCAAGAAAACUGUGUACCAAAGCACAUGACUGGAUUUCCUUCAUCACGUUUCCCUUAGUUUCUCAGUGGCAGUUCAGUGGUGCUCAGUUGUGGCAGUCAUUUUUUAUCAGAAAACACAAUUGUAAUUUUUUAAGUCUUUGUGUUGCACAAAUGUUGAGUAUUGUUUGUGCUUAAAGCCCCAGAGAACCUAGAUCCAUGUUUUCUUUUUAUAUAAUUUUGAUGCCACUAGAUACAUGUUUCUGGGAAUGACUUUGCAAUACUCCCUAAAUGGCUGAUCUACUUUGCCAAAAUUCUCUAUUUUUGGUAUAAAAUCAAGACUGCUCUGGGUUGUCCUGCCUUCACAGCUUUAACAAAUCUUAAUUCCCUCGCAGGUUAAUAGAAACUUAAGGCCAUCACUUACUGGACAUGGCGCAACAGCAUCUAAAAAUUUAAAACCAUUGUUUUUAAUCACUACAUCAAGGGUCUGGGUUCAAUUCCCCGGGCGGGCGGCCAGGGUCCUUUCUGUGUGGAGAAUUAAAACCACAUGCAGACCACAGAAAGCCAUGGUAGAUGCAAAAAUGGUAUCUUGUCAAGUAAAAUUAUCUUAAAUCUAGUCAAUAAAUCGAAUAUUUCUCCUGUCGAGAUUGUUGUAAGCUUAUAUUAAGAUUAUUUAACGUUUUUAUAGAUAUUUUAAGUUUUAUAGAACCUUUUUAAAAAUGUGGGCAAAAUUAAAGCAAACUUAUCCAGCAGUAUAGUGGAAUAAUUUUACUUGAUAAAAUUACCUAAAACACUUAAAUAAUGUCUGGAAAUAAGAUAGAUAAAGUGCACAACCAUCUCAAAAUAAGAAACAUUAGAUAUAUUGGCUAGAUUUCAGAUCGUUUCACUUGACAAGAUACUACCUUUUGCAGUGCAAAUGCUCACAGUAAGUUACCUCAGCUAGCGUCACUAGCCUAGUCUAUUUUAGCUUGUAUCUUUCAGGUAGUAAUCUGAUACCAAGCGUGAUAAGUGAUGCUGAACACUUUAUUUCAUUCAGUUUAUACAAUUGGAGUGUAAAAAUUAACUAAUGUGGUGUUGUGGGCCCUCCCUGCUGGCAGUCUAUAGCUGCGCAACACCGCGCAUCUGGUGUGUGGUAGCCUUUAGAGAGAAAGCUAACAACCAAGCGGAAGCUAACCUCACAAGCAUAAAGCUUGCUUGUCUGUCUGCCUGUUGUCCAUUCGUUCAUUCAACAGGCCACACCAGUUCAGUUUCAGUGGAAGUGUUGGACAGCGCUGUCAGUCUUGGGUGCUCAUCUACAUAUUAGGCCACACCCAGACAGUUCCCAGUUCUGCUAAAGCCAUGUUUCUUUCUUUUUCUCAUUUAAAGCUGAAUUUUUAAUAUAACACUCAAUUUGUGUCAUACGUACAUUUUCAAUAUUUUACACUAUGUUCUCUGGGACUUUAAGAAUGCUCUGAUUUUGUUUUCUAUUCAUUAUUUUUCAUUACUUCCUUUAUUGGAGAGCUCAUUAGGGGUGGAAAUCUCUAGGCAUCUCACAAUGCAUGGUUUUUUCAUGCAUCUUGAAUAGGAAUUUUAAGCCCACGUUUUGAUCGUUUUCCUGUAUUUGACAGUCUUCUUUAGCCUAAAUUGUAUUUGCAUGCAGCCUAAACAUGAACUAAACAAAACAAUUGCAAAAAUGUAUCUACAAUUUAUGCAAUAUAGACUAUACAUGGUAUACAAUAUAGGCUGUAGAAUGAGAAAUAUUUGGACCUAUUGGCAAAAACUUUUACACAUAAGCCGAUAUGAAAUCUCUUGAGAAAAUCACGAUGUGACUAAAAAUCGAUUAUUUUUCCCACCCCUAGAGGUUAAUAUCUUAACUAACAAGUGAUCAGUGCUCCAUGUUUGUGCUAGAGAUGUACAGUUUGCAUUAAUCAUAACUUGUUGUGUAUGUGUACUAAUACUAAAAGAGUGCACUGAUGCUGCUGAUGCAAAAUGGCUUUAAUUGUAUCGGCAUAUUUGCAAAUGUUUAAUGACAUUUUACAGAAUUGUGUAUUCUUAUUCAUAUUAAUCAGUUCUAUGAUUUCUGCCGCUCUAUGCAGUAAAACUGUUGAAUUA